CUUGUCAACACACUCACAUCAUGUUUGAUUGAAGCACGUCACGGACUUACACCGCAUGACCGAGCUGGAGAUCCUCUCUGGACUAACACAUUUUAGCACACUUUGCCACAACAAUCAGAAAGCCCUGCAGGGCCUGGUCUGGGUUUUUACUGUGUUUUGUGGUGAUUCUGAGCAGUAACUCUGGCAUGGUGCAGGGCUGAUAUGUCGUGUUAGAGACAGAGGGGGUUUGGGGUUUUUUGGUGUUUUUGUUUUCUUUCGCAUCAUGUAUGUUGGAUAUCUGUUGGAUAAAGAGGGCAACAUGUAUCAUCACCAAGGACCUGUACGACGAUCCGGCAUCAACCUCCCGCCUCAGAACUUCGUGUCCACCCCGCAGUACUCUGACUUUAGCGGAUACCACCAUGUGUCCGGUGUGGAUCCUCACGCGCAGGCCGCGGGGCCCUGGGCAGCUCCGUACGGCGCCCCGCGAGAGGACUGGGGGGCCUACAGCCUCGGACCCCCGAACACCAUCUCUGCGCCUAUGAGCAACACGUCUCCCGGACAGGUUUCUUACUGCUCGCCCGAAUACCCGCCCAUGCACAACCCGGCCUCCGCCGUGCUGCCUCCCCCGCAGGACAACAUCUCAGCGCCGCCGCUGUCCCCGGACAGAGAGCGGCGCAACUCUUACCAGUGGAUGAGCAAAACCGUGCAGUCCUCCUCCACCGGUAAAACGAGAACAAAGGAAAAAUACCGAGUGGUGUACACAGACCACCAGAGGCUGGAACUGGAGAAGGAGUUCCACUUUAAUCGCUACAUCACCAUCAGAAGAAAGUCCGAGCUGGCGGUCAAUCUGGGUCUUUCAGAGAGACAGGUAAAAAUCUGGUUCCAGAACCGCCGAGCCAAAGAGAGGAAGUUAAUCAAGAAGAAGAUGGGUCAGUCGGACGGCAGCGGCGGCUCUGUGCACAGUGACCCCGGCUCGGUCAGUCCUCUCCCCGUGCCCGGCUCUCUGAGCCCCUCAGAAAUGCACAGCUCCCUGUACCCCCCACCCGGAAUGAACACCUUACCGUCCAUGAGGAACAUACAGCAGGUCACAGUCACUCAGUGAACUCGAACUUGUGAAGGUCCACCUGACCUCCUCAUUCAAACUGAGCACUCCGACACGCAGAGAGAGGACAGCAGAGCCGCACACAGCGGUCAGACGGAUUUUUAAAAAAGAAUAAACACAGAAAGAAAACAAAAAGCCCCGAGUGAGCCGUCAUGAGGCGCGCGCUGUGGAUUACAACAGAGAAGAAUUACGGGUUUAAACUGCAAAGAAAAGCAAAAAAAAAUGCUGGAGGCUCUUCAAAUAUUGUUUUAAAUAGAAUAGUUUUAACAUUAAAAGGAAAAAAAGAAACAAAAUGUUCGUCUGGUCCAAAAGCUAAAUAUUUUAAAGGUUUGUUUGUGUUUUUGAUCUUUUAAGAUAUAAAUAUCUUUUUUUCUGUAUGUGA